AUGGGGAUUUUAGACACAUGGGUACGUGGCCAUUGGGGACUUGGACUUCCGCUGUGCGUUAUCUACCUUGCUUUAGACGUAAUGCUUUGUACUGCCUCCAUUAUUCAUCUUUGUGCUAUUGCUGUCAAUCGCUACCUGGCUGUUACCUUCCCUCUUCACUUCUCUCGAGAAAGAGUCAACUCCCGCCCACGAAUUCUGGGUACAAUCGUUCCUGUGUGGAUGGUUUCAGUCGCUAUAUGCAUUCCGUUAUUCGUUCAAGGAUUUGUGGACCCCGAUAGUACAUUACAAAAUGAAGGACGGGACUGUGGUUAUUUUAAUUCCACGUUCAUCAUUUACUCGUCCAUGUGUUCAUUCUAUGUACCGCUUGCGGUUAUGAUUGUUGUAGAUUGGAGAGCAGUCAGGAAGCUUCGCGGAAGGAAAUCAGCUGUAGAGAUUCGGGAGCCAACUUCUCGAACACCUAUUCAGCAGGUGAACAGCAACUCAACAACUGUCAGCUGUGGUGACUCCCCUGCACACGAUAACCCCGCAGCAAAUGGUAGUCAAGGUACUAACGUCGUCAGAAAAAGAUCACUUCGAAUAACAUUCUGUACUGGAGUUAAAAAAUCCAGUCUUGGUUAUGGAAGCACGCAAACAGAGGCAAUCAAAACAAGACAACGAUGGAUGACAAGCAAGAGGGAACGUCGUGCUGCAAAAACACUAGUGGUUGUUUUUGUGUGCUUUAUUGUGUUGUGGCUACCGUUCUUCGUCGUUCACCUCCUUAGUGGUGUUUGCUCAUCAUGCCAUCCUCCCAAUGAACUUUUCAUUGUUUUUACUUGGCUUGGCUAUAUUUCUUCAGCAGUCAAUCCAUGCAUUUACACGUGCUUCAAUUUAGAUUUCCGACGAGCUUUUGUACGGAUCAUAACAUGUGACAAGCGACCCAGAAGAGUACCAAGGCAAGCCGAUUUAACGACCACCCAUACUCUCCGGACCAGUCUACGAUCUUAAUAACUGUUGUCGGAGAAAUUCAUCUAGUUUUAUCCUUCAGUCACUAAAAUCAGAAUCUUGAUGGUCGAGUGGUAACACGUCUUCCCUUGUAAGCCGGGAGUCGUGAGUCCAGUGGUAAAUCUAUAGGCUUGGGUGUUGCAGCCGCUGACUAACGUUAUGAUACUUUAAUAUAUAGGCCAAGGUUUCCCCGAGUAUUUAAAAACAUUUUUCAUUGAAACUCACCAAUUCUAGCAUUCAAUUUCGGACAAGAAAACAAUUACAUGCUUUUAACAAAGCCAGGGGCGGA